CAGAAUUUCCAAGCAGGCCAAUCCUGCUGCUCCCAGAUUUGCUUUCACGUUUUCAAACCGCUUUCAGGGUUUCCGCAUACGACGGCUGUCUUUCUGGCUCAAACCACUUUUCUCCUGUGUAUUCCUUCCAAUGUUCAUCAGUAUUCCUGCCACUGCUACGAAUAAUGCGGCUGCCCCCGGUCUUCGCUGCACUAUGCUUGCCAUCCGCUUGUACAUCAAUCCUUAGCAGCAGUCUAGAAUCAGGAUAUCCAGCAUCAAAUGCUGACUCAACGCGCCACCUUCACGUUCGGGGCACAUCUGAGACGACGAUCGACCCCACAUCGCUUAUACAGUUGAAAUUGGGCUUUGCCUGGGCGUUAGGGAAGUCCAGGCUCAAUAAAGCUGCGGCGAAUAUUGUAAGCACGGCAGUGGGCUUAAUCAACUCUCGGGAUGACAUCCUUCCGGGCAUUCGCAUCGAACUUGUUGUCAUGGACUCUUGGGUUCAGGGUGCAACUGCUUAUAGUGAGACACAAGGUCAAGCCAUCAAUGCCAGUUAUCAACUAGCUACCCAGAAAGUGUUUGCCAUCGUUGGGGAUACCGCAACCGAAACAUCUACCUACGGAGCACUAGUCAGUGCUGGCUACAAAAUUCCGCAAUGCGUGCCUGAAGCCGGAGGCGAUGACCUAUCCAACAAAUUCAAGUACCCGAACACUAUCCGGAUGAUCCAACCAAAUUACGUGAUUGGAGUGAAAUUGCUAAAUUUCGUUGCAUAUUUGGGCUGGAAAAAGGUGGCUAUCCUCUAUAGCGCAGAAGAGUACGGGGCAUCUUACAAAAGUUCGUUUCUGGACGGUGCACGAAACAACGGCAUCAAAGUUCUUAUUGAACAAUCUUAUAACGAGUUUGGCGCAUCCUCGGAUUUUGUGGAGCCGAUGAAGAAUGUUGCGGCAACAGGCGCUCGCAUUUUUGUUGUUGCUGGCCACGUGCCAGAUAUAACCGCUUUGUACAUCGGUGCAGCCAGUCAAAAUCUAACUGGCCCCGAUUUCGUGUGGAUCACUACCGAUGGCAUCAAUGAUAGCCCAGAUUCUGGGAUAAGUCCGAAUGUGUAUGAGGUUCUCGGGGAGGAAGCUGCACGCGCAGCUGCAGUCUAUGGGAUAUAUCAAGAUAGGGCAAACACAUCGACGCCUGAAUGGGAGGAAUAUGAGCGAUAUUACACCGACCAUUACACGGAUACUUAUUACAAGCAGUGGUCAAACGAGUACGAUUGCGUUUGGGCUUUGGCUUGGGGAUUCGACCAGUACUUGAAGCAGUUUGAUCUCUCGCCUGCUGUUCUUUUGUCCCCAAACUAUCUAGCUGCCGAUAUGGCUGGCUUUACGAAUAUCAGCAUAUUCAAUACGAGCAAGCGCGCUGUCGCAGGACCAUUAUUAUUUGAUGUGCACGGCGACUACAUGUUCGAAACUGAUGUGAUUGAGGUUCAGCACAACUUCACAUCGUUCCGUGUCGCGAAAGUCAAUGGACAAGGCCAGCCCCAUGUUACGGCCUCUUUGAUCUUUGCUGGUGGCAGGACCACGAUCCCGUUCGAUUUCGCGCAAAGCCUUCCCGUAAAUCCAUCGUGGGGUUCCCCUGACGCCAUCCCGUUUGCUGUGGUCUCUAGCAUUCUGAUGCUGUUUGCCAUCCUGUCCAUUGUCAUUGUCAUCAAGUUUCGCAACGAGCCCGUCAUCAAGCGCGCCAGUUGGAAAUCGCUAGUUCUCAUCGCGCUAGGCACGUGCAUCGCAGAUGCUUCACCGUUUCUGUAUAUCGGAAUCCCAAGCGCUGCUACGUGCAUCGCACAACCAUUCAUAUUGACGGUGUCAUUUGGGCUUGCCUUUUCCAACCUGCUGGCCAAAACGUGGCGAGUAUACAAGAUCUUCAAUAAUGCCAAGUUGAUGGAAAUGGUCAUCAAAGACGCCCGAUUGCUCUCUUUCGCUGCGGGAGUGGUGCUCGUCGAGCUCACGAUCUGCAUUGUCUGGGUGGCAUACGACCCGCCAAGGCCGACUGUGCUCUCUUACACCGAAACUCAACACAUGAUCGUCUGCCAAUCUGUCAAUUCCACAUUUCAGGUCGCCAUGACCCUGAUAAGCAUGGCAUUCAACGGUGCUCUUCUCGCUUUGACUACGAUCCUUUCGUACCAGACCCGCAACGUGGCGUCGGCCUACAGGGAGACGCAGUGGAUUGGUGUGUCCGUUUACAAUAUUGUUGCUGUGUGCGCUCUAUUUCUGCCAUUGAUUUACAGCCAGGAUUUUGCUAGUAAAUCCUUCGAUUUCCGAAGUUUGUCUACUAUUAUCGCCAGCGGGGUGAUGCAAAUCUGCCUCUUUGCACCAAAAUGGAAGAUGGCCAACCUCGUCAUUGUGCCAGGCUACAUAUGGAUUGACUUUGUCAUCGCGAAGGGGCAGAGGCCUCGGUUCAAGAUGUUCCGCACGGACAAGAUCUUGGUGCAUCUUGGCGAGCAGGAAGAGGGAGGAAUGACUGUAAGCAUCAUUACCUCCGACGGCAUGUUGGAUUUGGUUGUUGAGCCCGAUGUUGGGAGAGAGUUGCAGCUGCUGCUGGCUGGGAUGGAGAUUGAUAGUUAG